AUGCUCUAUUGCCAUUUUAAUUUUGAGUUCUUCAUUAUUCAAAAUCUCAGUGCAUUGGCUAAGAGGGUUGAAGAUCAGAUUUCAAAGAGAGUAAAGGGCAAUUAUGAGCGAGGACCUAUUUCUAAUUUCAAGUUCCAAGAAGAUGAAGUAAGCCUUGAAAUUCAAGAAAGCUGUGGAAAUGGAUGGAAUAUGAAGGAACUAACCCCACUUGAGGUGCUAUUGUAUUACGUAUGCCUUAGAAUCCUACAUUACUUUGCAGAUGACUUACAGGUUUUCAAGCGGGAUGUUGAUAGGUUUAGUGCUCGCAAGGAGCUGUGUACAUGUCAAGUGAAAGUCUGGUGCGAGAAUGAGGAAGCUCCAAAGUAUCUGCUCAGAGAGUGA